CUCCAGUUCCCCAAUACCCGGCGGCGGGCCUUGGUUCCCCUUCAGUCCUCACCGGGACACAGACAAAGUUACGCACCCGGAGAAAGGUCAAUCGGUCGGCCGCUCCGUAGCACGGAGUUCUCGUAAUUCUUGUCCGGUGUAACGAGGUGUAAUUUUUAUUUUAUCGCACGACGAUACCGUUUCAAAUUAUCAGUCGAUCGAUCCCUUCAUUUAUUUCCUCGUCUAUCUAUUUCUAUACUCAUUACACGUUUUUCCGUAAUACUAUCGAAAGUCGCGAAAGUUGAUAGCAAAGUGUUCAUCGAAAUCGUAGCUCCGAAAUCGCUUUGAUGCCCACGUAACGGACAAAUCAGUACCGAUACAAUAGCGCGGGAUUGGUUACGUGAGAGAGUGCGCAUCUUUCUCGUGACUUUGGGCUAAUUCAAAGUGCUUCGAAGAACUUCAAACAGAUGGGCGACGAUAUGUGGAGGCUUUGGUUUACGAAAUUACUUCUGUCAAUAGCGCUUCUGCUGAUAAUUACGACCCAGACACGAUCCGAGGAUGGAGUUUUAUCAAAUAAUGUUAGAGCUUCCAGAAUAGAAAGGAAUCUAGAGGGUAAUUUCUAUGCUGAAUCCGCGCAAUACGGAAGUAGAAAUAUUGAACACAACAGAGAAAGAAGCAUCAUUGACACAAGUGAGGAUUAUAUAAAUAAUGGAAAGAUUGAUGAUGAAUCUUUUGAAGAGACACCACGAAAGCGUGUUAGAAUUCGAGUACCCGUAGUUCGUAGCAGAACCGCUAGACAACACAAAUUUACAGUUGUCAGGCGCAGACCUUUGACACUUCGCACCAAAGAACUUGCAUACGUCACGUCUACCACGCAUGCACCACGAAGAAUUGUGGUGACGCGUGUCAAAACUCUCAAACCAGGUAACACGAUUUAUCCUACCGACAUUCCAGAUUAUGGAAAUUAUCAGCCUACUGGUUUUGGCAAGCACAAAGUAACUGUAACCAGACGCAGAAAGCUUCAAUCUACACCAACAUCGAUCAAAAAUAAAGUUAGAGUGACCAGGAAGAAAUUAGUUGCGGUGCGUCCAAUACUACCAACGUCAACUCUUGCCAUUAUUACUACUGGAUUCUUCACCGUGCCUUCUUCCGAAUACGAUGAAUAUACGGACGAAGAAGACGAAGAAGACGAAGAAGACGAAGAAGACGAAGAAGACAAAGAAGAGCAAGAGAUUAGAGGAAAAGAUCACUCUAUCAUUACGCCUAGUCUCGAAGAAACACCGAAUAUUAUUGACAACAAACCAAAUGAGGAGGCUAGUCUUGUGUCAUUGGAUGCCAGCUCCAGUGUAUCUGAUACAUCAAACACGCCAGUGAUUAUCACAGACAAUUUCUUUUUUCCCGCAACUGAUAGCGAGGAAAAUGAAGAAUACGAAGAUGACUAUCAUGACAUGACUAGUACAACUGAAAAUGCAGAUAAAAUCAUGAUUUUAAUGCAGGAUGAGCAUCCCACAAUUUCUUCCAAGGACGAAGAUAAUAUUGUAUCUAUUAUAAGUAAUGUUCAGAUACAAACAGAAGGUGAUAAUUUUACUAUAAGCCAAACUACAUCAACAAAAUCAUUCGCAGAGCAAACAGCAAAGACGCCUGAAGAAUCCGAUAAUGCAUCGAUAAAUAUAACGAAAUUGAUCGCUUUAGAAGAUGUUCGUUUUAAUAAAACAAAGAUAUCAACGAAUACAACAUUAAAUGAUGAUGUAUCAACUACUGAACUUACUCUUAUUAAUGAAGAUAGUGACCAUAACUUUACAUCGAAAGAAGAAAUCACCACCAUUGCCACUGUUGAAGAACACACUACUUUCGUAGAAGACAUCACUACAUUAAAAGAGCCCGAUGAAUUUGUAAAUCUUCCUGGUAAAGAAAUCACCACCAUUGCCACUGUUGAAGAACACACUACUUUCGUAGAGGACAUCACUACAUUAAAAGAGCCCGAUGAAUUUGUAAAUCUUCCUCGUAAAGAAAACAUUACAGAAAAGCAUAUUGCAUCAGUUACGCUUGAUACAGAAAGUAAAGAACAAGAGUCAACCAAAGCUCCUAAAGAUUCUACAGAACACAGCAUAAUGCCAGAAACAAUAAGCGAAAAUCUAGAAGAGAUGCUAACAGUGCAACCUAUCCUACCGAAUAGCAUAAUUGAUUCUAAUUCGAUCCAGAUUUCUUCAAUCGGAACAGUUUUACCUGAUUCUUCAGUCGCAAUCGCGCCGAGCUUUGAAAGUGUUAUACCGCUCGAGACUACAAAGUCACUGACACGCGACACCGAUACGUCGAAUUAUCUUGAUGAUUCGUACGUACCCAGUGUAAUACCUCUCGGCUCAAAUUACACCCACAAGACGAAGUUCCCGUCCGCAGUAUUCGAGACGGUUUCUGCAACAAAAGUAACGAGCGAGAUCGCUUCGCCUACACCGGAGGAGAUCGAGGCAGGGCUAGCGGAUGAUCUUUACCUGUCAUUGUCUCGCCUCGAUUUCCCCGAGAUCUUGCCGUCAAAAUCAGCCACGAUCGAUCUACAGACUAAAUCUACGCUCGAACCGAGCACGAGCGUUUAUUACACGGAGACGGUAGUGACGUCGACGCGACUAAGGACAUAUACGUACGUGGUGACGCAACUUAACGGACUGGAGACUAAAGUAACGUCGUCGACGACCAUACGACCGAGAGUGACGACACUUACAUUGACGGUACCCGUCACGGUGACUGUCACUCCUACCAUGGAGUCGUCAGCCGGCUUCGUAUCAUCUGUGUAUAAUCCAGUACCCGGAGAGUACGAGGCGAAGGAUGAGGAAGAAGGUCGCAGAUUCAAUUUAGCGACCCGCGUAAUGUCGAACGGCGUAGAAGUUAUUGUUGCUGGGCCAACUCCGGCUCUACGAUGGGAAAACUCGAAUCCUCAACCUACUCUUACCUUGUCAGAAGCAGUGGUCAUGCUCCUGCCGCAGGAUAAGCCAAAUGAGUUUGUCACGAAAACUUGUACAACAACUUUCACGUACCUCAACACGAUUACCAAGGAUGGAACGACUACCAUUUCUACGGAGCAACAGGUGAUUGCAAAUACAGCAACAGAGGAAAGGCAUAGAAAAUCUGGCUCAGAGACCGCAGCCGUCACUCUGGAAGCGUCCCCAACUUUGCGUACUGAAGUAUUUAAAACGACUUACACAUAUUUAACUUUAAACACAGAUCAUCCGGAUGUUAAUGAUGCCUUAGAAAGUAGUACGAAAGUCAUAACAAACACGGUUACCGCGCCGCAACAUUACCUAGAUAUGAUUCUUGAGCCAUCAGAAGCUCCGCGACCGGAAACUAAUACAUAUCUCAGUACCAGAGUAUUGGAAAAGACAUUUAUGGAAGAUGGUCGAACGAAAAUAGAGACUGUCAGCAACACGAUUACUCAGCUGAUAGUGACAGAAUCAGCACCUCCGCCACGACCAACCAGUGUUACAACUACCUUGACUGCCUUGGAUAACACUGACGGUAGCGUAACGGAUACGACUAAGACAUAUUAUAUCACGUACACGUAUUUCAAUACAUUUUUGGAGAAAGGUAGUACGGUAGUUCGUACAAACGUAGCCACGUCGACUGAUGUAGUAUUGGAGAAAGUGCCAGUUCGAAAAACAACUAUGAAAACCGCUCCAGUUAAUCCUACACAAGAGCCUAUACAGAUUUUUGCUACUAAAACAUAUCUUACCACGUUUACUUACUUUACGACGUUACUGCAGGCUGGGCCAGAUGGCGAAACGUCAACAACUGUAACGUCUCGUUCACAUAUCGUUGAAAAUAUCGUGACGGAGUCAAUAGCCCCGAGUUUAUUAGACGCUGGAUAUAUGAACGCCCUGUUGACAACUGCGCAUUAUUCCGAUUCAGUGAAAAAUGUCGUCACGGGUUCGACGAUUAUCUUCUUCGACGAAGAGGAUCCAAUCGACUCAACCGCGACCUCAAAUCUACCACAAUCAACCUCUAUUACGGAAAUAAAGAAACACGAGAAAAGUCCCACAACUAUAACGUCAACAAAGACAGAGGACGUUAAUUUCGAUAUAAAACCAGCAGAUUCAAUUGAUAAACAGGAUAAUAACAGUAUUACGUUAUCACAAAGUGAUGGAUCACAAAAUAAACAACCAAAUUCUCAAUCUGGAGACGAUGUUUCAGUUAGUAAACCUCUACUUAGUCUGGGUUCCUUAGGAAUAAACAGUUUAUCAGCUUUGGGACCAGUAAUUACAGCGAUGGCCGGAUUAUUGCAAGGAAAAACCGCUACUCGUAGAAACGACAGCGUACCUCUCGCAGAUAUGCAAGAAGUUACAACGCCACGAUCACCGAUCUACAUACCUGUCGCAGAAUUUGUUGACGGCGAUAUAGAAACUGCUGAAAGCCAACACAUUGCUACUCAUCUGGCAAAUCUCAAUCAUAAUUACAUCGCUGAUACGCGCCACAAGGUGACCAGCAGUCUUGCCGAUGGUAUACCGAUAUCCCCAGGUGAAAUAAUAACCGCAAACAGCGAUGUUAUUAUAGGAAAACCGGGUAAAAUGGCACCGAGACCGCCGCAGACAUUUCUAAAAAAUGAAGGGCACAUUGGCAUGAAACCACCACCGAUACCGGUACCGAAUAUUCCGGUACAUCCUGUAUUAGAAGUUCUAGAGAACGAUGAUGAUGUACAAACUCAACAAACUGCGCAAGAUGAACAGGUGCAGAUUCUACCGGCUCAUCAAGUUUAUGAAGAACAUUUAAAAGUGCCGGUUUCCAUUCCUCUCGAUAAAAAUCAUCCGACAGCUUCCAAACAACCUCAAAAACUGCUUCCCGUUCAGGCAUCACCGCCUAAGAGAAUUGUAUCAAAACAGGAUAUUCUGGAAAACGAUCCCUUACUAAAGCCACCAAAUAGACCAAACGUAGAACAGUACGCGAAUCCUAAUGUAAAUCAUAAAAUUUUGGAGUGGAAUUCGGAUAAAUAUAGAAGACCUUGGAGCUCUAAAGAUCCUUUAACACCACCUGCAACACUUGAUGAAAUUCAUCCGGACAAACCGAUUGAAAAACCACAUUCGACUUCAGUUACAUUAUCUUUAGAAAAACAAAAACGACCACCAUGGGCACAGAAAGAUCCUUUAUUUCCUGAUGGUUCUAUCAUCAUACAAAACUCAGAAUCAAAACCAAUUCCUACUGAGCCAAUAGUUCACCAGGUUCCACAUGUCAUUGAUAGAUCAACGGGGCAACCUUUAUUAGUCAAUAUUCAACCCAGUCAAGUAGCUAAUGUCGUAAUUCCUCAAGGUGGCACGCAAGCUCUAAUUUUUGGAGAUACUAACGAACCACAUAUAAGUGGUCAAUAUUUUGACGACCCAUCACCUUAUCCAGAACCUGAAGUUGGACCAGAUUUUGUUGGUAUUCAAAAGGCCGAAAAUUUACCUCAAUAUUCAAACGAGAAGAAUCCAGCUCAUUACAUGGUUCCUCCAUCACCAUCUACCAAUUUUAAAUCUUCAUCGAAACCAAAUUUCUCCAGUCGUCCGCACGCUAUUUUAUUGUCACCUGUACGUGGAAGACCGCAGGAAAUUCCAGAGACUCCUAUACUAAGACCUGAUAAGAGACCAUCAGAGAUUCACUUGAUUAAAAGACCCGACGGAUUUGGAGGUUCUAGUCAAGUUCAUACUGAAAUUCUUGUACAUCACAAGCCGGAAACAAUAAACAUUCGACCUCAGUCCGCGCCUCAUUCGUCUGUCCAUUCUCAUGUACAUUCCACUCAUCAACCGCCAGUAAAUGGUCAUUUUUCGAAUGGUCAAACUGCAGUAGAACAAGCUCCACCGAGGCGUGUAGAAGUUACUCCGACCGAAGUACCACAUCGUUAUAUAUUUCAAGGAAAACCAGAUUCUGGAAAUGAGAUAACAUUAAGCAAUAACUGGAAAUCCGAUAAGAAGCCAAUCAGAUUCGCUUUAAAUAAUCGACCAAGACCGCGACCAAGGCCGACAACUAAUCGUCCUUUAGAUAGACACGUCUUCGUAGAACGACCUACUGGAUAUCCGUCAAUUAGAAAACCAACGUAUUCUGGACCACAGAGACCUCCGAUGAAAACACACAAUACUUUCAUACCGCAUCGCCCAUCGAUGAGUCCUCAAAUCCAUCAUGAACCUACUCAGAUAUCGUCUAAUCAAUUCCCUGUUCAGAUUGACAAUCAGAACAAACCGUUGCACAUUUAUUCAGAUAAGACUAAUACAGGUAAUACAGGUGCGCUGCCAAAUUUUCAAACUGAACAGAAUGAUCAUGUGCCCACUGGAGCAAUAGAAUAUCACAAUCCGUUAUAUCCAAAUCCAAUAGCAGAAGAAAACAAGCAUUCUCAAGUAUCCGCUACUAAAACACAACAUGUAUCGGCAGAUCAUCUUGAAAAAUGGCAGAUUAAUACGCAUACAGAUCAGACGUUAUUAGAUUCUGAUAUCGGUGCUUCGGAAUAUAUCAAUUAUUCGAAUCAUUAUCAUGGAAAAGGAAAUAAAAAUGAAACUAAGAGUCAAAAUAAGAAAGACAUGAUAAAUUCUCAAAGCAUCAAUCAAACUUUGAAAUCACCAAUUUUAUAUGGAUCAGUUGUUUCAAUUAAUACAGUCGUGGGCAAGCCGCUAGAAGUUGAACAAGAACAUGCUGUAAAUUAUGGAACAGCAAAUGGAAAACCGUUAUUACAAGGACCUUACAGUACCGAGCCAUACAAUAUAAGACCUUACGAAUUCCCCUUAGUACAAGGUAAGCCUUUUGGUGUUUACAAUGGCUACGUGGAUACAGUUAUUCCUUAUGGAUACAAACAAAAAGAAAAUAAUAAACCUAAUUAUGAAAUAGUUCACGGUAUACCUGCUCCUCACAAUGAAGAUGCAAAACUAGUUACCAAGAAGACGCAAGGCGUACAAGUCACGACAUUGAAUUCACUCGAACACGAUGAUACUAUUGAUUUAAAGCCACCAGCAAUUAUAUCUCAAUUUGACGUUGAAAUAAAUAGGCCCGGCAGGCCGUUCUCUACACCGAUUAGGCCUGACUUGAGGCCCAGUCUAACCAGAAUCAAACCAGAGAUAUUAACGAAACCGCCAAUUAAAUUGGAAGUUAAACCAAAUUAUACUGUGAAACGUCCAGAGAACGUUAAACCAAAUAAUGCAGAAAUUUUUGUCAAUCAAACAUUAAAUCAUGAGAUAAAUCACAAUCUACAAAAUUGGACUAUAGACGUAGCGGUCCCAAAUAUUAUAAAGUCUCAACAGAAGACAUCAACUGAAUAUGAUUUCCGGACUUCAGAAAUUAGAAUAACUGAGAAUAAAAAUAAUACAUCUCGUCUAAGUACGAUAAGCAAUAAACGUCCAAGUGUCGUUCGACCAGAUCAUGGAACAUUCACAAGAAUUCAUCCGGAAUAUCCUCACAUUCUGACAAAGCCGAAACCUCAAGUGCCAGAGCCAGUAAUCGUUUCGAGCGGUACUGCAGGACUAGAAACGCAUAGUAAUUCAAACAUUAAAUUUUCCAUGUCAGUCGAUGCUAUGGGCGAAACGUUGAAUAGUAAAACACAAACUGAGCGGCCACCCAGCAUGUUAGUCACAAAAAAUAAUCAAUCUCAAAAUAAAAAGAAUGAUGAAAUCUUGGAUAUGGCAUAUCAGACAAACUUUGCUUCUUCAGAAUCUCAAGGCAAACAAGACAAUAUCAAAGACCCGAACGUUCCCUCCAGAAACAUGAUGCCACCGCCUUUGAACGUAAGAGUCGGAUUAAAUCAAUCAAAGAGAAAAGAACAAGAGGGACUUAAAUCCUCGCCAUCUCCUUCAAGUGAUGUACUCGGAUUGUCACCACCACCAAUAGAUAUUACUACUACUCAUAAGCCGGUAGAAAAUAGAUUUGCCUUAAUAACAACCAAUGAAUCAGGUCUAAAGCCGCCAAAAUAUGUGCCUUUGAAAGAAUCGACGACCGUCGCACCACCUAGCACGAACAUGGUUCCACCAAGCCCAAAGCCAUCAUUCACAAGACCUUUUCUCGUAGAAUUAUUGUCACAGGACAUGGUACCACCACCACCGGUAUUAACAACUACAAGGCCACUCGAGAUCGCUACUGUGAGACCAGCUGUCGCGGUUUCUGGUUCUAUACAGAUAGCAACUGCUGUUGCGACUUCUCAUAUCCCAGUAAUCCAGGAUAUUGAAUCAAAAAUCCCAAUUAUUCACGGCACCGUUGAUUUACCAGUUGUAGUCGACGUCCCUGAAAUUCUCAGACCUACGGAAACACGAAUGACUGAACAUGUUAGCAUUUACACCGUGCGACCAUUUGAAACAAGAACCGUAUCUAGAAUCGCCGUUCAGUCAACAUCGACGUUGUCCACAAAUGUAAUACCGACAAAGCUGCGAUCACCUCAAGUGGAUAUUCAACCGAGCAGAUCGUCGACAAUUCAUCGCGAUCUGAUGAAGACGUACGUUUUAGACAUUCCACCAAAUCCUGUUAAGCGACCUGAGCAUCCGGUAUUCUUAGAAUCCAGCUACGAGAGCAUCUUACCGUCGACAAGAGUGGAACUUACUGAGUCCUUAACAUCCAAUGUAGGAACAGAAAAAAAACAGUAUUUGACGGUAUCUAACGUCAAGACACAAAAACCACAAGUAAUUGAAUAUAGUAUCAUGAAUAAAACGGCGAAUGAAGAGUCAUCCGUGAUUGUCACUAGAAUCGAUAGUUCGAUCAGUAAAGUAACUAAUACAUUGAUACCAACGUCGGGCAAUAAAACGCGUUCCGAGACAAGCAAGUCGACUACACAGUUUACGAAGAACAAUCUAAAAACAAUCAGUCCUGUCGUCAAGAACCAAUCCAACGCUACUAUACAUACAAAGCCAAAAGAGGUGACACGUUUCAAAACCUCAACAAUAACGACAACUAAGACAUCGGUGUUGGGUUCGCCGCCAACGACAAGGACACUUUUACUCACGCAUACAAUGACCACGACGACGGUCGAGACUGUAACGGAAACACUUCUGCGUCCGACAAGCGUAGUGUCCACAAUAACUUCGACAAUCUUGCAGCCGAUUGUUACAAGGAUGCCUUCAACAUAUGACAACGUAGCGGACAAUGACUCCAUAUUUGUCGUGAUGAGCGAUCAGAAACCACCCGCACCCGGAGCAGAAGAGGUGGAGGCCGAAUAUGGAGAGGAAGUAUCUCGCGAUGAGCAGGAUCCCACGGGCAACGAAAUCCACAGAGUAUUAUCCGGCGGAGUACUUGGUGCGCCGAUAGCACCUCUUACACCAACUGCAAACCAAUGCACACCAGAAUGCAAAUCAUCAAAGUCUGAGAUAUGCGCCGAAAUAGGAUCCGAAAUGAGAUGUGUUUGUCGACCAGGAUUCGCGAGAAUGUUUCUAGAUCGCCCUUGCAAACCGACCUACACAUACACUCUACGCGUUGGUCUGGAUCGUGUUGGUCAUGAAUUUGUGGCGUAUGACACUGCCUUAAACGAUUCUACAUCGGCAACUUACAAACGUUUAAUAGUUCCGACGAAGGAUGCUUUGGAUAGAACCUUAAUGCAGAGUGACUUGAGAGAUGUGUACAGAGGCCUCAAGAUUGCAGGAUUUAUUCCGGAUCCUACGAAAGUCGAAUUUCACGUGCAACUAAGUGAUAAUGCUAACGAAACUAGAUUAAAGGAAGUUCUUCGGAAAUAUUUAGUUGGAAACAACUAUAGCUUAGGUGGCACAGAAGUGUUUGCUUCAAAGAACCUUGAUUCGAUCGAGGCGGUCGAUUUUGACGAAUGUGCUUCCAAGGAAGGCGGCCCACAUCAUGACUGUUCGCCUUACGCAGCAUGCUUCAAUUUACGAGGAUCCUAUCAAUGUUCUUGUAAAGAAGGCUGGGCUGAUUUAUCAGAAAAUCCAACGUAUCCUGGAAGAGUAUGCUCGCAAGCUCCACUAGGAUGCGCUGGCUGCAAUAAUAAGGGUCAUUGCAUCACCAAUUCUCUUGGACAAGAAGUAUGCGAAUGCUUCCCUUGGCACAGCGGUCAACGAUGUCAAGUUAAUCUUAAAGUUUUGUUGAUAGCUCUAGUGACGACUGGCGCAAUCCUGUUGGGACUUUUAGCCAUCUGUAUGGGAAUGACAUGCUUCCGACAUCCAGGACGGAACCGAAAGACCGGCGAUAGACGGGCCAUGAUUCCCGGAACAGGUUGUGAUACCAGCAGCGAGGGUAGCGUCACUGACUUGGCGAUACCUCAUCACGUACCACACGUUUUGCCACCACCGCCGCAAAUGAUUGCUCCCUUGCCACCGAACAAACGACCAAUUCGUAAGAUCAGCGCAAAACCUCGUCAUCCACCCAGAAAAGCAACUAUGGUGCCUGUAGCUGCGAUACCAGUCAAUGAUGAUCAGCGUGAUCGUUCCUUGACAGUAAUGAUUCCACGCGCAAAAUAUCGAUCGGCGCCGCAAUCACCACAAAAUUACAAUAAAACCGUCAUGAGUACGUUUGCCGCCGAGGAACACAAACUCAUAAAUUACCUUGACAAUGGCGUAAACUCUCCUGCUAAUAGAAAACAAAGUAUAUCUAGCACAAAGGACUGUAAGGAAGCUGAUUUGCAAGGCGCAAGAAAUCCGAUAACACCUACGGGUGCUCUAGUGAGUGCCGGUUUUCAGGUAUCAGCAACGGUAAUUCGUACCGUGGAUGCUGAAUCCACCUUGGCACGUUCAUGCGGCGAGACCACUGUAGAACCAGCGACGAAGGUACUGAGGAGCGGUGAUCUUCAAGUUGAUUUCGACGCGACUCUGGCCCGUUCGUGCGGUGAAACAACCAUACAAGCUCCGACGAAGCUUCUUAGAUUGGAUUUAGGCGAGGCUGGUUCUACUUUGGCGAGAUCGUGCGGCGAAACGACGAUCCAACCACCAACAAAAGUCGCCUCUGCCCGAAGAAACAGUGUUAAGGAUACCAGGGAUAGCGCCAGCGAGGGUCACACCAUGGCUGAGCGUGAUUUAGGCAGCACUUUGAGACUUCCGGCACAACAUCCGCCAUUAUAUAGUCCGGAUAGGACUAGUGAUCGGGAAUCCAACUUUGAUUCGCUGUAGACGCUCAAACGAGAACGAGUCACGAUGAGGAGAUUGAUUGCGGAUGAAGCCGCUGGACGGUAUUCACUGUAGAUUUAUGAAUUAUUGUAUGACAAAAUCUGUCGCUAUCUAAUCACGUGAAAUAACAUAUUUCACUUCACAAUAACUUGUUAUUUAUUUAUCGCGAUUGUCAUGUUGUUUCUUUUCUAUUUUUGUUAUGUUAUUUGCUAAUGGUAUUGAAAGUAAGUGUCCCAAUUAGUGACAAAAUUACCUCGUGAAAAUAAUGUAAUAAAUUGUCGAUACAUAUAUCAUAAUAAGUGCAUAAAAUUGAUUUGACUAGAUAAUUUAGAUAUUUAAGAUUCUGAUAAAAUUAAAUUUUUUUUUAUUUUAUUAAAAAUUCUUAAUUUAUUUAUUAUAUUUUUAUAAACAGAGUUUCUAUACCAUUUAGUAACACUUGAUAUUGAAAUUGUUCUAAUUUGUGAUACAUGCUGAUCUAUAUCACUGAUAAGUGAUAGGCAUUCAAACAUUUUUGUUACUGACAUGUAGUAAAAACAGGAACGUCUCUUUACUAAUAAAUAAUGAAUAUUAAUGGAUACAAAUUUUGAAUUGUUAUCCGUUUUGACACAUUAAGUAGUUUUAUUAAAUAUGAAAAUAAAAGAAAGUAAUCGUAUCUUACUUAAUACUCACUUAAUACUUAUGUGACAAUUAAUAUAUUUAUAUAUAUAGAAACUCUACCGACUAUCACAAAUUGGUAAAGAACUACGAGUAUCCCUUACUGACUCUAAUAUGAUAAUUUAUAGAUUAGGAAUUUCUAUUAAUUUUCAAAAUUCUGAAAGGAAAUAUUGCUUUUUUUGAGGCUAUUGCUAUUAAUGCUAUUCCUUAAUUUAAUAAUAAAUGUUAAAUUACAUGUUUUUUUUUAAAUAGAAACUUUUUUAUUGUUUUUUAACAUAUUUGUUUUGAUUGCUAGUAAUAUAGAAAAACACAUUUUUGUAUCAAUUAAUGACACGUACAUGCACUAACUAAAAAAGGUAUUUUGGGACAUUUUCAGUUUAUUUACAAUGUUCAUUCCUAUUUACUUGAGGAUGUUUACUUAUUAUUUACUUUUAGCUUAAUAAUAGCUAGAAUCAACGAAGAAACUGUCGAUUCAAAUAAUCAUUUUCUCAUAAGAUAUCAGUGAGCAAUUGCUCGAUUUGCCAACGUUGGCAGCAUAUUUGUAGCCAUAAUAUUUUAGUAUUUACAAAAGAGUUUAAUUUCAUUUAAAAUUCGUUGUAAUAAAUAAUAUGUACAAUUUUGAAUAUCAACGUAUUAUUUAAAAUGAAUAUUGAUCUAUAUUAAUAGAUUUAUUAAGAAAAAAAGACACAAUUUUUACUAAUGGGACAUUUACUUUACUUGUGUCGUGUAUUUACUUAUGACUUUAUUACACCUAAUUUCAUAAAAAUUAAUGAUGUUAUUUUAAAAGAACUUUUCUAAAUUCAAUACUUGAUUGGUAUGUAUAAAUACUUCUCAUAUUAACAAUCUGCGCGUAAUUUCGUCUCAAGAUAGAAGAUAAGCUCGCGUGACUCAACCCCGUGCCAAAAUACAACCAAUGAAAUAGGGAAGAUGCGCGUGCGCGAAGAAGCUCGUGCUUUCCCUAACGUUUUCACGAAAUCGAGCGACUCGUCGCUGCAGCUGAUCGAAAUAUUAGAUUAUUUUAUUGAUUAAAGAAUUUAAGUAUAACAAAUUCGAAUUAAUAUCAAAUCGAAAGAUUAUCAAGUUUAACACUAAAAUAUAUCUUUUUAUAGAUAAACUUUUAUAGAGUUAGAUAAACAUUGUAGAUGUUUAUGCAGAUUUAAAUUUGAAAAAAAAUAUUUCGAUCGCCGCAUCUUACCGUGCAUGUGCAAGCAUGGUGCAACAGUGUCAUAAAUAAUGGAUAGCGCCAAAUCGUCGCGCUGACAGUAUGACGAGAUAGCUCGAUGCUUAUACCUAUAUUGAUCACAAAUGGAGAAUAUAUUUUAUUUUUAUUGUUACUGUUUGUUUGUUUAGUUUAUUCUCCGACAAGUCGUGUCAUGUUGCCCGGCUUCGUUUCGAGGCUUAUUUCGGAGCGAUUUAAUUUGCACUUGAGAUCGAUAAUGAAGGUUGUUCUAGUAUUUGCUCGAAUGUAAAUUGUAUUAUACUACAGAAUAUUUUUACGCUAUAUAUGUCUACAUUCUUUAUAAUAUACUUGUAUCAAAUAAAUGUUAUUUUUUUUACGUAUAUUUAAUCCCAAUGAUAACCUUGACGAAAAUCAAUUUAGCACUAAAUUUAUAAAUUCAUGAUAAAAGAUUGUUAAAAAUAUUGCAUUUUAAUAUUUUACAUUCGAGAGACAUACUGUCUUCCAACUCAUCUUGGAUGAAGCCGCGGCAACGUCGCUACAUAUCAGAUUCGAGAAAGAGCAAACGAGACGCGUUAAGCCUUAUUAUUGCACAAUAAAGAGUACAGGCAACGGAAAUAAGAAAAAACAACAGGCAAUAGAUUUCGCAACUUUUGAUUUGAUCACAGAUAUUUUUUGCAGCUUCUGAUUGGUUGAAAUCUCCUGUCUAUUGUUAUUCUCUGUUCUUAUUGCCUUUGCUUUUCAUUGCGCAGUAGGCUUUAAGUUCGCGAUGUACGUACUGUUAACUAAAUAAAUAGCAUAAGCGGAGGUGUACGAAGGACAGGUGUGUCACAUGUUGAGAUUCUUUCGAGUAAGUUCAGACUUAGUUGAAAGAUAAUUAUUCUUAGAUGGAUUAUAUUCUGCCGGUUUAAAAAACGAAGAUGCUCAUAUAUCUUAAGUUUCGUUACUAACUUUUGUCCUCUUUACAUCCAAAAAUAAGCCUUUCCUUAUACAUAUACAAAGUGUCCCAGAUUUCGCGUCACAUCCGUUAAUAGUAGACUCCUGAGAUCAUUUUGAGACAAAAAUCCUAUAAAUGUCAAAAUUUCAGGUUUACAAUAGUUUUUAAAUGAGAAGAGUUUAAAAUUGUUCAAAUUAAUUAUCCGAAAUUCGAGUGCUCAGAUAUAGCAUAUCGUAUCAUAAAAAUGUAUGUCAAAUAAUGAAAAAUAAGUACCAUAUUUAGAAACACAUUUAUAAUGUGCCACACCUAAACGCGCGAAUUUCGACUGUUUGAUUUGAGAACUUCAAAUUCUCUUCAUUUGAAAACGUUUAUAGCUUCGACAUUUCGAUAUUAGAAUUUUCAUCUCGAAUUGAUCUUUAAAAUUUGCUAUUAAUGAGUGUCAUGCAAAGUCUGGGACACCCUAUACAUAUACAUAUACUCAUAGAUAUACGUAUAAAUAUAGAUAUAUUACCCUAUUGUACAUAUUGUCCACCGGAACCUUUUCUACGUAAUGCUAUUGUAAUUUUGUACACUUAGCGCAUGUAUACUUAUACGUACUUUUAAUAAAAGUCAAUAAUAUAACGGCAUGUCUUAAACGUACCUGUUUGUUAUACUCAAGAAAUUAUAAUCAACUUAAAUAUGUAAACUGAUCUAAUUAACAAUAUUUUAACAUACGAGAUAUACCUAUUAUUCGCGUUUUACAUACUUCGCGUUGCACGUUCACUUGCGCGAGAUACUACCGUGUCUCUUGAUCAUUAUUGUAAUCAUGAGGUCCGUUAUUAAGAUUUCACUUACUACGUAAAUUAUCUGUUUUAAUCAAUUUUUGUCAAACUUUCAUCUAUUUGCAUGAAGUUUAAAAUUUUGUAACAUAUGUAUAGAAUAAUUUAAAGAGAUCUACCAAGUCCUCUGAAUGUUAUUAGAACGAAAAUGGUCAUAGAUUAAAAGCAUUAAUGACAAAUUUAAAAAAGAGAAAGUUAUUUUAAGAUAAUGAUAUAAAAAGGCAGAGAAUAAAAAGAGAAAUAAUGGCGUCAUAAAAAUUAGCUGAAUGCUACAUUAUAAAUUAAUCUAUAACCGUUGUGCGUAAAGAACUACCAUUUAUUAUAUAUAAAUAAUAUAAGCAUUCAUCGACAUAAGUUACUAAAACGUUUCAUAUAUUAAAACAUUAUGUAAAUCCCGUAAUAUACUAUUUAUUCUUAUAAUAAAAAUUUUUAACGUUGUA